AUGAGUGGUAGUUUAUGGUCCACGUGGGCAGCUCGGCGAAGAGGAACGUUUUCCCGCUUCCUGCCUACCUAUACUGCAAUUUUACCACGCUUGCCUUUCCUGGGUACGUAUGUAUUCAGUGUGGUCGAACUGCGGUCGACUGGGCAGGCUCGGCAAGAUCGGGCAUGCCCCGGCGGAGGCUCUGAAGGUGAAUGCAACGCUAAUGUUAAUGUAGUUGGAUUUGAGUGCAUUGGCGAUGAGGGAAAAGGCUCUGGCUCCGUUUGCGAAACCAAAAAGGGACGAAAUUUGAAGGGAGAUCAGGGAGACUCCAGAUCGUUGGGCCAACAAGUCACCGCUCUCAUGGCAUUGAACAAUGCAAACGAUGCAAUGGCCACUAUGACCAUAGUGACUACCGUUCAUGAAGCAAGCAAAGCAAAGUUCGAAGAUACUGUAUUAGUAUGUGAAGGCAGGAUUGCUGUGGAAGAUAUUGAUGAAAUCUGCAAGCAUAUCGCCUUUUUGUCUGAUGAGAAACAGACACAGGCAAAGAAACUACCACGCUCGGAAAGUGUUGUCGCCGAGUACCGGUCCCAAAAGAUAAGUUAUACCUUUUAUUAA